AGGGGGCUGGCUCUCCAUAUCCAAUCUCAGCCAGAUUAGGUACUUCCACAGAAUCACAGUCCGCUCCGGUCACCUACUAGACCUCGCCAGUCGCCAUGGCCGACCAAACCUCCAGCUCCGGCGACCCUCUGCCGCCCCUUCUCAUCCCCGGUCUCCCAAACGAUGUUGCUCUACAGUGCAUCGCCCGCGUCCCCCUCGUCCACCAUCCCACUCUCUCCGCCGUCUCCAAAUCUUGGCGCUCCCUCCUCCGCUCCCCUCUCCUCUUCGCCACCCGCUCUCGCCUCAACUGCUCCCGGCCCUUCCUCUUUAUCAACAUCCGCGUCCAUCGCUCCUCCAAGUGGUUCGCUCUUCUUCAAAGCUCAUCUACCCUCUCCCCUCUCCCGCCCCUACCCUCCGCCGCUGUCGGCUCCGCCGUCGCCGUCGUGGGUCCGAAAAUCUUCGUCAUCGGCGGCUGCGUCAACGACAUCCCUUCGCCGGACGUUUGGAUCUUCGACACGAUAUCUAACAGAUGGGAUCUGGGUCAGCGGAUGCGCGUCGGGAGGGAGUUCGCGGCCGCGGGCGUCGUUGCCGGGAAGGUGUACGUGAUCGGCGGGUGCGUGGUGGACUCGUGGGCGCGGUCCGCGAAUUGGGCGGAGGUGUUCGAUCCGGAUCUGGGUUCGUGGGCGGGCGUGCCGAGCCCCGUGGAGGUGAAGGAGAAGUGGAUGCACGCGAGCGCGGUGGUGGGGAAUAGGAUAUUCGCGAUGGCGGAUCGGGGCGGGGUGACGUUUGAUCCGGUGACAGCGGCGUGGGCGGCGGUGUCCCCGGGGCUGGAUAUGGGGUGGAGAGGACGGGCUGCGGUGGUGAAUGGGGUGUUGUAUUGCUAUGAUUAUUUGGGGAGGAUUAGGGGAUAUGAUGUGGAGAAGGAUGUGUGGAUGGAGUUGAGGGGGGUGGACAAGGGAUUGCCGAAGUUCUUGUGCGGAGCAACAAUGGCGAAUGUUGGGGGCAAGUUGGUGGUGGUUUGGGAGGACGGGAAGAAAGGCAAGGAGAUGGAGAUUGCGUGUGCAGAAGUGGAGGUUCGGAGAGAGGGUGAUGGGCAGUUGUGGGGAUCAAUUGUUUGGUCCAGCUCGGUUCUUUCUGCCCCAGCUGGGUCGUCGAUUAUACAUUGCUUGGCAGUUGAACAGUGAGGCGUCUGUUGGAACUUUAAACCACAAGGUUUUGCGACCCGUUCCCUCCUCCCUUACCAAAUGUCAAACCAUCACAGGGAUGGCAGCAAAGAGACCGAAGGCUGAGUAUUGCAAUAUGAGCUUGAACCUAGAUAAGAUGCCUCCUUCAAUGCUAAAAGCCAAUGUGAUUAUUACCGCAGUGGGAGACCAGAAUCAUUGCAUGGGUCCUGCAAGAGCUGGGUCUUGUUUUGCCAAUUUGUGGUUGAUGAUUGAAAGUUUCUAGGGUUAUUUAGAGACCAUUGAAUGAUUCAGUUUGCUUCUUUUCUCGUGCUUGUUGCACAAUGCACAGGUUUUCUGUCGGCCCAGGUGGCUAGAGGUGGGGUGAAUAGACGUUCUUCACGGAUAAUUAAUUUGUUUUUUUUUUUUCUACAAACACAAAA